AUGGACACUGUUUACAUCGGCGGAGACGUGGAAUUGGGCUGCAUGGAAAUUGGCAAACCAGCAGCAGACCAAACAAAAGAGAUCAAAGAUGGGUACAUCAAGAUGCCGCUUGUCAUGAAAGAUAUGCUUCUUGAUAUUGCGAACAAAACCCCAUCUCUUGUGCACAAUACACAUAUUACUGGCUAUCCAAUUAAUGGCACAAACAUCUGCAUGCUCGAUGUCGAUUCGCCGAAAGGUUACAUAACCUAUGUUCGACGAACACGAUCCUUACCAUACCCCUCUAACAGAGAUACAUACGUUAUCUGUAUGAUACCACUUUUACGACUGGCAGCUACUGCAAUGGCAAAGAUGCAAAACACUCUUCAUACAUACAAUCACGCAGAAAUUCCUCUCACUAGUUCUAAAUCUCGACGCAUUAUACUGCCACCUUGCUUCCAUCCAACAUCAACAGCGUCAACAGCAACCUCAAAAACAACAUCAUCAUCAUCGGGGGUUAAUCCUUAA